AUGCCCAAGGAACACAAGAAGCGCGGUCGCCGCGAGGAACAGAAAAAGCGCAAGAGGGACGCCGACGACGAUGCCAGCUCCAAGCGCCCCAAGCAUGAAGAUUCUGAUCUGCUCCAUGUCCAAGAUUCAGUCCAGGAACUCGCUAAUGGCCAAAUCAACCGCCCCAACGAGUCGCCUUUUUACGGAAUGCUCGACGAGCAGGAGCAGGAGUACUUCAAAAAGGCCGAUGAGAUGCUCGAGUUGAACCAGUUCGAGAGCACAGAGGACCGUGAUAUCUUCCUGGCCAGUGUGUGGAAAGAGGCAGACGGCAAGGAAUUGAAAAUUGCCAACGGCCAGUCCUCGCGCUUACUUGAGCGCCUGAUCCUCCUAUCCUCACCAGACCAAUUGAAAAGUCUGUUCCAGAAAUUCAGCGGACAUUUUCUCAACCUCGUCCAGAACCGUUUUGCCUCCCACUGCUGCGAAACACUCUUUAUAAAAGCCGCCCCCAUCGUUACGGAAGAGACCGUUAAAGCGGAACCUCUGCAGACCCCACCCGCCUCCGAUCCCGACGAAGUCGUUGUCUCGAUGGAAAAUCUCUUUCUCUUUACACUCGGCGAGCUCGAGGGAUAUAUGGGUUUUUUGAUGACGGACAAGUACGCCUCUCAUGUACUCCGGGUGUUGCUUAUAAUUCUUUCGGGUGCGCCGCUGGAGAAACAGACCAAGUCUGUUACGCAGAGCAAGAAGAAGGAAAAGAUUACUGUUUCUGGCGCGGAAAAGGGUCAGGAGCGUGUCUUGGAGGAGAGGGUUAUUCCCCAGUCUUUCCUGGAUGCCCUGGAAAAGGUUAUUAGCGAUAGUGUCUCCGGCAUAGAGUCGCAUUAUCUUCGCUCACUCACCACACAUCCACUCGGUGGCCCAACCCUGCAACUACUUCUCAAGCUGGAACUGGCGCAUUUUGGAAAGUCUCGAGCCAAGAACGAAAAGUCCAUCAUUCACCGACUGCUUCCUGACAACCCCAUUGCCGAAGGAACUGAAAGCGCCAUCCUCAUCAAUGGUCUAGUAUAUGACGCGGUAGGAUCCCGCCUAUUGGAAACAAUUAUCGAGAAUGCGCCGGGUAAAGUGUUCAAGUCCAUCUAUGGAGAAUUCUUCAAAGAGCGCAUGGGCAACUUGUCACGCAAUGAAAUCGCGGGAUACGUGGUAGGUAAGAUCCUCGAGCGGCUCGGCAAAGACGACCUAGAAGAAGCCAUGCGCCAAAUUGUCGACCAGAUUCCCAGCCUAGUCGAACGCAACCGAACCGCUGUCAUCAAAGUGCUCAUUGAGCGCUGUGUGGCACGUGAAGUUGACUGCGCACCCAUCAAGGCACAACUCGAGGCUGCUUAUGCUGGUUCCAACGGCUUUGAAGUCACCCGCAUCCUUCGGCUAAAUGAAGAAGAGGGAAAACUACGUGCCAGGCAUGUUCCGUCACCGGAAAAGGUUCAUGGAUCUUUGCUGGCACAAACCAUGAUGACCGUUGACGGACCCCUUGGUCACCUUGUGUUUGACUCUCUUGCCAACUUGUCUCCUGAGCUUGCCACUCAGCUGGCUCGCGACCCGACAGCGUCCAGGACACUUCAAGCAGCAUUAAUGUCAGAGAACGCGUCUGUCAUCUUCCGCCGUAAGAUGAUCCAACUAUUUUACGGUAAGAUCGGUGAGCUUGCACUCGACCCAGCAGCGUCGCACGUCAUCGACGCAAUCUGGCAGGGCACAGCUGGUCUGGCUUUCAUCCGCGAACGCAUCGCCGAGGAGCUGGCAGAAAACGAGAGUUCUCUGCGUGAAUCUCAUGUAGGUCGUGCCGUCUGGCGAAACUGGCGCAUGGAUCUCUACAAGCGCAGACGUAACGAUUGGGUCACACAAUCCCGCUACACAGCUGGCAAUCAAGGCUUCCAGUCCUUCCCAGAGGGUACUAGUGAUGCGCCUCAAAAUCCUAAGGCGGGCAAGAAGCUGACGGCUAUUGAGCUGGCAAGGCAGAAGCAUGCAGCUGCAAAGGCUGCACAAGGAAAAGACGGCAAAAAGUCCAAGAAGGGAAGCCAAGCUACAAAUGGUAGCGUGGGCAGCGGGAGUAGCAGCAAAGGCAAGAGUGUUGCAGCACAAUGA